GGGUGGUUGUGUUUCACAAGCUAACUGACAUUCACCUCAAGCAGUCAGUCAGCUGCAUAGAGAACACACCCAUGACAGUGAGUUGAGGGUUACGUAGGAGCUGCAGCACCUUGACCUUUGGAAUGUAUAAGUGUGUGUCUCUCCUACUCCUGCUGAUGGGCAGAGGAGUUCUCUCCCAGGAAGUGGAAGUAUGUUCCAAAACGGUGAUCAACUCCUGCAGCGACUGCAUCAGAUCAGGAGCAUACUGCACGUGGUGUAAACAACUGAACUUCACCAAGCCAGGUGAGCAAGAAGCAGCUCGCUGUGACACCCGGGCUCAGCUAGAAGAGAGGGGCUGCAUGGGAAACGACAUCAUAUCCCCCAUGAAUACCCUUACUGUGACUAAGAACACCGCCCUGUCCACCAAUGCAUUUGUCAAGGACGAACCCAUCCAGCUGCGUCCUCAGGAGGUCAAUCUGAAGCUCAGACCAGGGCUGCCUCGGACGUUCAAGCUGGAUUUUCGGAGAGUGGAGGGCUAUCCUGUUGAUCUCUACUACCUGAUGGAUCUCUCCUACUCCAUGGAGGACGAUCUGAGGAGCAUCAAGACUCUGGGAAACGAGCUCUUUAAAGCUCUGCAAGGAAUCACAAAACAAGGGCGAAUAGGCUUCGGCUCUUUCGUAGACAAGACUGUCCUGCCUUUCACUAACACCAACCCAGAGAAGCUGAAGAAGCCAUGCGAAGAAAAGGAGCUGUUCUGUCAACCUGCCUUUGGCUACAGGCAUGUUCUUAGCAUGACAGAGAACAAAGCUGACUUUAAUAGGGAGGUAGACAAGCAGCGCAUCUCUGGGAACUUGGACUCCCCUGAAGGGACGCUGGAUGCCAUCAUGCAGGCUGCAGUAUGUGGGGACAGGAUUGGCUGGAGGAAUAGCAGCACUCGGCUAAUCGUCCUGACCACCGACGAUGGCUUCCACAUGGCAGGGGAUGGCAAGCUGGCUGGCAUACUGGAGCCCAACGACGAGAGAUGUUACAUGGACAAGCAGCUGUACACUAAGAGCAAUGACAUGGACUACCCAUCUGUUGGUCAAGUGGCUUCACAGUUAGAGAAGAACAACAUUCAGCCAAUCUUUGCUGUGACAAAGAACAUGGAGAAUGUAUACAGGGAACUCAGUAGAAUGAUCCCCAAGUCUGAGGUGGGAGUACUGUCAGAGGACUCCAAAAAUGUUGUUGAAUUGAUCCAAGCUGCCUACAAUAGGCUCUCCUCCAAAGUGACAGUGACUCAUGAUGCUCUCCCUGACAAUGUGAGAGUCACUUACACUCCACUCUGUCCUGGAGGGGGACCCGCAGGGGACAAGGGGGUCUGUGAUAACGUCAUAGUAGGAGAAAUGGUGUCUUUCAACGUAACAGUGACGGCAGAUGAAUGUAUAGACAGGGAGAGGUCUUUUCUGAUUGGCCCAUUGGGCAUAAAAGACAAGCUGAAGGUGAGCUUGUCGACUCGCUGCGAGUGUGAAUGUGAUGACCCCAAGGAGGAGAAUCACAAGGACUGCGACAGGAAGGGCAAAGUCAACUGUGGCAUGUGCAGUUGCAAUGCCGGCUUCGUGGGUCAGAAGUGCGAGUGCGCCAUCGGGGAGAAGGACGAGAGCUCUCUGAGGGCUGCAUGCCGGAAGGACAACGGCACGGAGUGCGAAGGACGAGGGGACUGUGUGUGUGGCAUUUGCCAGUGCUAUGUCCAACAAGGCGGCAGCACCUACUACGGCACGCACUGCGAGUGUGAAAACGAGAGCUGCGAGAAGUUUCAGAACAAACUGUGUGGAGGGAACGGGAAAUGCCGUUGUAAAAUUUGCGAAUGCAACCCCGAGUACGAAGGCACCGCCUGCCAAUGCAAGAAGUCGGACGAGCAGUGUCGCACACCAAGCGGGAGCGUGUGCAGCGGCAGGGGAACAUGCCAGUGUAACCAGUGCAAGUGUAUCGAGGGCUACCAGCGGCCCUACUGUCUGACCUGUCCCGCCUGCCAGACUCCCUGUAUAACCAAGGGGAAGUGCAUCGAGUGUCUGGGCUUUCAGACAGGCCCAUUCAGCAAGAACUGCUCCCAGACCUGUAAGAGUAUUAAUGAAUUUGAGAUGGUGGAGACAUUGCCACCUGGUAAGCCUUGUGACGUGAGGGAUGUGGAGAACUGCCGGGUGUUCUUUAUCAUUAAACAGUUGGAUGGAGAGGACAACUACUUUGCCCAGAUACUAAAGACCCGAGAAUGUCCGGAGUUGCCAAACAUCUACGCCAUCAUUGGAGGCUCCAUUGCGGGCGUGGCCCUGAUCGGCUUACUGAUCCUGCUCAUCAUCAAAGCCAUCCUCUACAUGAGAGACGUGAAGGAGUUCCGCAGGUUUGAGAAUGAGCAGAAGAAAGGAAAGUGGACUCCGGGAGACAAUCCACUAUUCAUGAACGCGACCACCACCGUGGCUAACCCUACCUUCACUGGAGAAUAAGAUCAACAUCAGUCAGCCCAGACAAUCAAGUUGGAUUCAAAUGCAUGUACAUUUAUUGUUUCUGUUUUAAUGUGCUUUUUUUUCUCCACCAUUUAUAAGUUGGUUUACAAAUAGUAUUUUUUUAUGUGUUCCAAGACUGAAUUCAAGAAUGAUCAUGCACUGAUUGGGAAAAAACUGCUGCAAUGUUGCUACAGGGUCCUUCCACCUAAAAAAAUACCAAGUAAGAGGUUUUUGACAUCCACCGUCUGAGAUUAUUCUGAAAUGGUUUCUGUCAACGUUAGCAAUCCUGCAACAUUAUUUUGUUGGAACAAUAUUUGAUCUCUGAGAAAUUAAGCUAAUUUAUUGCACGAAAAUUGGCCAUUUUAAUUUAUAGAAUUCAUAUAAUAUUCAACAAUUAUAGUACCUAACAUCCGAUUUGGACCAAACUUUUGAUAACAAUGGUUAAGACAUGAGGAAUCAAAAGAAGUGGUCCAAAGCCAUCCACGACCCCCCCCCCCCCCCCCCCACACACACACCAAUCCCACCCCAACAAGGAGUAUAUAGUGUCAGUUCUCUAUGUUCGACAAGUAGUAUGGACAUGUAGCUAUUAAUUUUGUUCCUUCAUCCAAUGUAAUGUAUUCUCAGUGAAUUGAGUGAUGUUUUUUUCCCCUGUUCAGAGCAAUUAGUUAUUGAAGUUGUUGGGUCCUACAUCCUGACCACUAAAUAGUGCUGUUCCUGCUAUUUGGGGAUCAUUUAUUAAAGAUUUUCUUACCCUGUAAGCAGUUUACGGACCAGGUAUGACAGCAACCCAUUAUUUGGUUUUGUUUACCUUGCCACUGUUUCAAAUGCUAACUUUUUAGCAUUUGUGUCACAAAUCCAAUGCAAGUUAAUGGUACCUAUAUUAGGAUAAUUUACGCUUUAUAUCCAAAUCAUCCUAAAGUUUCAAAUAAUGUAUUGUGUAACUCAAUGAUAUUUACUUACAGCAAUUAUUUUUGUAGCUUUUAUUUACAAAUCUACAAUGUAACAUGACUCUACAUAUCCUAUGAGGAAAUAUUGUGUAAAGCAGCAAAUGAUCACUGAUAUUUUUUCAUUACAAAUAAAACUCUCUCUCUUGA